CGGUAUAAUUAACUUUGAAUGAUCACGUGAUGCUUGAAGUAACUCUCCUUUCACUGACUUACAUCCGGGUAACCUGGGUCGAAGGUUAGGCGUCCAAGAUGGCGGACUCGAUUGUUUUGCUUUUGAAAUUAUAUAAAUUCAAAUCAAUGUGGUUUCAGGUGCCAUCAGUCAAAUUGUAGGAGCUUUAUAAAACAAUAACGGAAUAUAACAAUAAUUAUCCGCAAGUUUCCCGUGAUUGACAUCACCGCGUUUAAUUGGUACGGAAUUAUGAAAAUCUCCAAAUGUAAAUAAAUUGGAAUAGCCCUAACAUGAUAUCGCAUGUAAGCCGUACAACACAACGGGAUCGAUCAUUGGGAUGGGCAAGAGGGUGUUUGUGUGUCCUAUGCAGACCAAUGGAUUGGUCGCAGAUGAUUUUAUUUUCGUGUCGAUAUGACCGAAAAUGGCUGAAGAGUGUGUCAAAAAUUGGAACAAGACCAAUUCCAUCAAGAGAUGAAGCAACUCCAAAGCAGCAGAGUUCAAAACCUGUCAAACAUGCAGAAGGGAAGGCUGCUGUUGCUUCAUCGGAGCAUAAGGGAGGCACCCAAAUGAAACCAACAGCAAUGCAGAAGAGACCUGCAGAGGCAGUACAGAAUGAAAUGGCAGUCAAGGCAUUGAAGAAGUUUAGAUUAAUGAAAUUUAACACAGACAAGACAACGACAGAAGAAAACCCAGAUGAUCAUGCCGUCCCAGCUAUCCUAACUGAGACAACUAGUCCAGCAGCAGAAGAUGCCAUGCAAUCCAUAAGACAAGACUUGGACAUGAUGCAAGGCCUCUCAUCUCCAGGGAUGGACCAGCCACAAGACCAGUUUGUUACUCGUGCAGAGUUCGCUAAGCUCGUUGCAGAUGUCAGGGAGCUGCAAUUGACGGUUGCAAACAUGAAGAAGAAGGCAUCCGCCAAAAGACUGAAUUUGUCACAAACUACAUUGCAGCCCCUGUCAUCACCAGCAUCUCAACAGCAGCCUGUAUCUCAGGAGUCUUCACUUGCAUCUACCCUUCAUCAUGCCCCAUCUCUUGAAACAUCUCCUUCACCAUCACCAAUUCUGUAUAACGGCCACACCAUCGAUCAUCUCAGGGAUUCUAUUUCAAUGUGUGAUAAACUUUUACAAGCUACCAAAAUAACAUUAUUUCAACUUUUUGACCACAUCUACAUAUUAAACCACAGUGUUUCGGGCAAGGCCUCAAAUUCUAAAACGGUCGCUAAACCCCCUUUUGAUUCCAGGUUGUAUGGGGCCCUUCUUUAUGUUUUGAAAGCAAAAUUCCCGUCAACUUCAGAUUCAGAUAUAACGACUAAAAUUCAUACAGUUCAAAAGAUGUUGAAAAAAAGAAAUCUCUAAAGUUCCCAAAGUGAUGAUGGGUGUGUCCUUCAUUAGAAAUCAUUCCAUGUAGCGAUUAGAAUUGGUCCCCAGCAACAUGGUACACUUAGAGGAUCAAACUACAAACAAAGAAAAUCAUUAGUCAUUGAAGUAACUGCCAUUUAUAUCUCCUGAAAAGAUAAAUAAAGAGGAAAUUAG